CCUGCAUCCCCCACAAGUCUACUUAUGUAGAACUUUUGCUUCUCAAGAAGAUAUUCUAUCUUUUAGUCUUUACCAUCUCCCUCAAAUCCAAACUUUGUUAUAUCAGUUUCAAACAGUGUAUGCUUUCCUUUUUAAGCUUUGGUGUCGCCAGAAAAUCGCAACUCAUUUAAACGUUUCUUAAUAAAUGCUUCUUAUCUUGUUGUGGGCUUCCCAGAUUCUUAACCUUCUUCCACUAUUAGCCUUGCUGGAGCUAUGGAUGCUGAAAUCAAGAGUACUGAUCUUCGAGAUGCCUCAUUUUCUUAUCUUACUGCAGCACAGCAGAACUAUGUUGUUAAGCUGACCGAGUCAGCUCAGUUUACUCAUCCUGAAACAAUCUCGACCCAAGAUACUUCCAUUCCGUUUAACUUAGAGAGAACUAAGCCUGAAGGGGGUGAAAUCAGCGUCUUUCGUGCUGAGAAAUAUUUCAAUAUGAAACUGGACGAUGUAAGUGCAGGAAGCAUGGAUGUUAAUGCAGGAAAGUUUGCACAGGAGACAAUGGAGAAACGGGUUGAACUUCAUCGUUUGAGAUCAAAAGGCAGCUUAGGAACUCCAAGUGUGAGCUCUGAAUCGAGCUGGAACAGCCAAACUACUUUAUUAGCAAAUUAUCGGAGAAACUCAUCCCACAGCAGGCGGAAGAAAGUAAAUGAAAGAUGGUUCUUUCCUGGUUUUACCUGCAAGGGAUCUUGUUCCGAUGAUAAAUCUGUUUACAUAGAUAAGAGUGUUCCUCAUACUGGGUUUCGAGUUGCCCGAAACCCUAUCAUGCUAGAGGGAAGAAAACAGUCUCAAUCUAGAUUUCUGACGAAAGAUCAUGAGUUCCGCAGUCCAAGUUUUGGGAAGUUGAGUAUUGGUUCGAACAGAGAAGACUACUUAGUGUUACCAACUGUGAAUUCUGGGGUUCAAAACCUGAGUGUUAAAAGAGAGAAGCAGAAGACCCUGGAAGAAGAUGCACGAAAAUCAAUUGACGUGUUCGGCUCCCAUAAGAUAAAGAAGGAAGAUAUAGCAUCAAAUCUAGAGAGGAAACUCUCCGUGCUAACUUGGGAUGCCAUUCCAUUCCCAAAGGCACAAAACCUGCCAAGCACUUCUGCAAGCAGUCAAAUGUAUGAAGAAGCAGAAAGUGAUGCUAGUUCAGACCUGUUCGAGAUUGAGAACUUGUCCUGCAGUACGCAGCCUAUGUUCAGGAAUCAAACUUCUGAUGGCAUAUCCGGCUGUAUGACCCCUCCAAGCCGGUAUGAGCCAAGCGAGACCAGCAUUGAGUGGAGUGUUGUCACAGCCAGUGCUGCCGAUUUCUAUGCGAUUUCAGAUUACGAUGAGAAGAAACCUGCAGAAAGUAGUACAAAAACUUCUGUUUUAGCCUCAACACCUAGGAGUCGGCGCUCAAAUAUCCUAUUGGGGUGCAAGAAUGAGAAAGCAGUUCAAGUUGCUGAAUCUGCAUAUAGAAGAAGUGAGAAGGCUAAGCCUCACUUGCAUGAGCAUGCGUCCACGCCAGUAAUGAGAAAGUUACCAGCUGAUUCGGAGGUGAAAGAUUUUGAUUUCCCUUGAUAGCUAUAGGUAGAAUUUUUACCAAGAAAAAGAUAUCCAUCUGCUCUUUUAGGGGAGAGAAAUAGCUGUUAAGUUUCCAUGUGAAAUUUACAGCUGAUAUUAAUGUUUAUUAUCCUGAACAUGAAAUAAUAAUAAUUUCUUUCCAGUAA